AUGUCUAUUGUAUUACCAUCCUUAGAAGGUUCUACCGAAACCUUCAAAGCCGUUUCUAAAUACUCCACCCCACUUCGUCGUCCAAUUGAACCAGUUGGUCGUUAUUUCUUAGCCCAUGCCACUAGAACCUUACGUGGACAUACUUGGUCUGAAUUUGAAAAAUUAGAAGCUGAAAAGAAUGUUAAACAAAUCGAAGAAAAUCAAGAUGAAGAUUUAGGAGAUGAAGAACAAAGUGAAGAAUUAUUAGCUCAUGAUCCAAGAGAAUGGAAAACUGCUGACUUAUAUGCGGUAUUGGGUAUUUCUCAUUUAAGAUCAAAAGCCACUGAAGAUCAAAUUAGAAGAGCACAUAGAAAACAAGUUCUUAAACAUCAUCCAGAUAAGAAAUCUGCUUCUGGUGGAUUGGAUCAAGAUGGAUUUUUCAAGAUUAUUCAAAAGGCAUUUGAAAUCAUGUUGGAUCCUACCAAGAGAAGACAAUAUGAUUCUAUUGAUGUUGAGCAUGAUCCAAAACCUCCUUCACCAAAGACUAAAUAUGAUUUCUUUGAAGCUUGGGGUCCAGUAUUUGAAAGUGAAGCUAGAUUCUCCACGAAACAACCUGUUCCUCAAUUAGGUAAUAUGGAAAGUACCAAGGAAGAAGUUGAUGAAUUUUAUAGUUUUUUUGGGAAAUUUGAUUCUUGGAAAACUUUUGAAUUCAAAGAUGAAGAUGUUCCAGAUGAUACUGCUAAUAGAGAUCAUAAACGUUAUAUUGAACGUAAGAACAUUUCUAACAGAAAGAAAUUAAAGCAAGAAGAUAACAAGAGAUUAAUAGAUUUAGUUGAAAGAGCUCACUCUGAAGAUCCAAGAAUUAAAUUAUUCAAAGAACAAGCUAAAAAGGCUAAAGCUGCUAAGAAAUGGGAAAAAGAAGCCGAUUCUAGAAAAGCCGCCGAAGAAGCCGCUGCCAAGAAGGCUGCUGAAGAAGCUGCUGCUAAAAAAGCCUCUGAAGAAGCCGCGGCUGCAAAGACCAAUACCAAGAAGGCUAAGGAAGCUGCCAAGGCCGCUAAGAAGAAGAAUAAGAGAGCCAUUAGAGGUGCUGCUAAAGAUAAUGAUUACUUUGGUGAAGCCGGUAAUGCUACUGCUAUUGACGCUGAUCUUGAUUUAAUCAUUGAAAAAUUCGAUGAUGUUAAAUUGGGUGAAGUUGCCGGAAAACUUAAAGAUGCCGAUGCUGCUUCUGCUAAAGCUAUUAUUACUGAAGUUGCUGGUGAAUUGGUUGCUGCUGGUUCAUUAGAUAAGUCUUUCUUGAAAUAUUUUACUGUUUAA